GAACAGAAAACUUCGAUCCCUUACACUUAGGGCACUAUAAAAAAUCGAUAACUGACUGUAACAGCGAGUUUAGAAGUAACUAUAGCGACAAACGUAAUUUUGAAAUAGUCACAGUCACAAAUUCCCUUCACAAACACUCAAGCACUAUGCCGAAAAGUUGUGGAGAUUCUGAUCUCUGUGAUGAAGAUGUGAAGGAGAUGAAACCGAGUGCCAUUGUGGGCUUUGAUGGUAACACGAAAAAUGGCUUUAUUGUACACCCCAAUGGAAGACACGUAGUUUACCCGAUUGGGAAUAAAAUCACCAUCCAGGACUGGAUAGUGAAAAAGCAAACUUUCCUUGUUGGGCAUACGAACAAUAUCUCGGCGGUUUGCCUGUCGGCCACAGGAAAAUAUGUGGCCAGUGGCCAAAUUAACCACAUUGGGUUCAAGGCCUGCGUAAUAAUCUGGGAUUUCGAGAAGCAGACGAUUUUAAGCCAGCAUGAACAUCAUAAAGUGCGAGUGGAGGCGGUGGUUUUUUCCAAAGACGAAAGAUACUUGAUAUCUUUAGGUAAUAUCACAGUCAAAAACACGCUUAAUUUGCACUAUUUAAUACUCUGAUUUAACUUUCCUGACUUCGUGUACUUGUUAUGAUAUUCUUA